AUGGCAAUUGCCAAGAGCCUUCUAGGCCUGCCAAUGUGGAAACUCCAGCUAACUGCUUACUCUUACUUCAUCUGGGCUAUUGCCUCUGCACUUGGACAGAACUCGCUAAGCUGUGACUCUACCUUUCCAGAUGCUUCAGGCUACCGUUGUAAUGGCAGUGGAUCACAUGAUCAGUGCAGAACAUACGCUCUGAUUCGCGCUAAUUCAUUCUACUCCUCUCUUUUCAAUCUGAGUUUUUACCUUGGGAUCAAUCAGUCUGAGCUUGCAGAUGCAAAUGGCUUUCCUGCUGAUAUGGAGUUUCUUCCCAAAGACCACCCUUUGUUGAUCCCAAUCCAUUGCAAAUGCAAUGAUGGUUUGUUUGAGGCAGUAGUGACCAAAACUACCAUCAAAGGUGAGAGCUUUUAUGGCAUAGCUGAGUCCCUGGAGGGCUUGACAACUUGCAAAGCCAUCAGAGAGAAAAACCCGGGUGUAUCACCAUGGGAGCUUGGAGAAAAACUUCAACUAUUGAUCCCACUGAGAUGUGCUUGUCCAUCUUCAUUGGGACGUGCUCAACAACUUAAGCUUUUGCUGUCUUACCCAAUAAGUCAAGGUGAUACAAUUUUUAACUUGGCCUUAAAGUUCAAUACUUCUGCAGAAGCUGUUAUCUCUGUGAAUAGCAACAGAUCAGAAGCAACUUUCAAGCCAGAAAGCCUGGUGCCCCUAUCAACUCUUCUGAUUCCACUCAAUGGUAUGCCUAAUAUUGGUUCACUAGCCAAACCCGAUUUGGGUUAUCCAGCAACUAGCAUCCCAGUUGUUAAUUUACACAGGAAGAAGUCUAAAAAGUGGAAAAUUGGUCUUUAUAUUGCUCUCAGUGGGAUUGCAUUCGGGGCAAUCAUCGCUGUUACAGCAGCCUUCUUGGUGAUUCAACGGAGGAGGAGGAAGAAGCAAAAUUCCUGCAAAAUGGUAGAUAUGGAGCUACAACAGGUUAGUUUAAGUAUUAGAUCCAGUAGCAAGAAGAAAGUUUCUUUUGAGACAUCCCAAAAUCUUCUUGAGCUUCAGAUUCUCAAUACAACACCACGUAAGGUGGUGGUGGAGAUUUACUCUAUCAAAGAACUGAGAAAAGCAACUGAGGACUUCAAUUCGGGUAAUCUUAUUGAGGAUUCGAUAUUUUAUGGUCGCCUCAAUGGAAAGAACUUGGCGAUAAAGAAAACACAGAGAGAGACAGUCUCAAAAGUUGAGUUCGAGCUUUUCCAAGAUCCAAUUCACCAUCACCCCAACAUCAUUAGGCUCUUGGGGACUUGUGUGACCGAGGGUCCUGAUUCCUUCUUGGUUUUUGAAUAUGCCAAGAACGGGUCCUUGAAGGACUGGCUUCAUGGUGGAUUGGCAAUGAAAAGCCAAUUCAUUGCCUCCUGCUAUUGUUUCUUGACAUGGAACCAGAGGCUAAAGAUCUGUCUUGAUGUGGCCACGGGCUUACAAUAUAUGCACCACAUAAUGAAUCCUAGAUACGUGCAUAGAAACAUUAAAAGUCGAAACAUCUUCCUCGAUGAAGAAUUCAAUGCCAAGAUUGGGAAUUUCGGCAUGGCAAGUUGUGUCGAUGAUGAUUCUGAGGAUCAAAAACCUUAUUCGAGCCAUAUUCCAUCUUGGAGUAAAGGGUACUUGGCACCUGAAUGCUAUCUUCACAAGAAUUUAAUCACACCGAGCAUCGAUAUUUUUGCUUAUGGGGUGGUUCUGCUGGAGAUUCUAUCAGGGCAAACGCCCAUAACCGGGGCAAACGAGAGGGAAGAAGGGAGUGUUUGGCUGUCAGAGAAGAUCAAAAUCAUAUUACAGUCUGAUAAUGCAGAUGAGCUGAGGGAAUGGAUGGACAGUGCAUUGGGUGAGAAUUAUUCAUUUGAAGCAGCUGUGACAUUGGCCAAUCUUGCAAGAGCUUGUGUGGAGGACAACCCAUCUUUGAGACCAAACGCUGGAGAAAUUGUCGACAAGUUACUGAGAUUGGUGGAUGAAUUACCAGAAGAAGGAGAGCAAUUCUCAAUUUGUGAAAGCUCUUGCAAACCUCUUGUCAAGGCAGUCGCAAACAAUAUGGGAAUACCAAUCUGA